AAUAAAUAAACACUAAGUUGUAUUAAAUGUUCAACAAUGAAUACCUUAAAUGACAUAACUGAUAAGGAAUUCAUUCCUUUUUUGCACAGUUUGGGUGUAGAAACUUACAAUAAGUCUUUUGAAUGGAUGCUUCAAGAUCCCGAUUUUGGUGGUGCCUUGAAGUGGCUUUACAGAAAUUUAGAUCACAAUAAUGCCUUGACCGCUCGUGAAGAAUAUAGAUACAAGGAACUUGAAAAAAAGAAAUGUCUAUUGCCUAUAGAUGAGUUAGACACUGCUAUUGCUUCGCUCCAAGAAGAAUUCAAAGGCUUGUGUCUACCAGGAGACCAGGAUGCUUUGGAGGACAUGAAAUUAGACAUAAGUAUGCACAAUGAUAGACUUGAUAUGUUAAUGAAACAUGAGGAAAUAGUGAAUGAUUUAAUUAAACAGAACCACUUAAUCAAAGAUGAACUAGACAUAGAGCUAACAAAAUUAAGUGCAAAACAACAUCAGUAUGAAGAUGAUGAAAAAAGCUUGGGCGAGCAAUGCAUUGCUCUUGCUGAGGAAGUGGACAAUAUUGUUGAUGAUGUGUGUGAUGUUAUAGCUAACAAUUUGAAAAUGGCCAGUACUAAUGAUGAGGAAAUGACAAGUAAGUUCUUUGCUUUUGGUCCAUUUGAUGCGUACAAACAGUGUCAAUCAUUGUACAUGUCACACUUUGACCUUUACGUCUCCAUACGACUGACCAACAAACAUCCUGAUAGAACUUCUGAUCAGGAUUUGCAAAGGAUAUUAAAUGAGGCUGCAAAUAUGGAGGAAAGACUUUCAGAUGCAUUAUGUACAUACAUUUCAACCAAAGCUGAGUUGUGCGGAGAACAAGCCAAGUUGGCACUUGUUAACAAUUACACCGUUCAUCCUAACAGAGUAUCUGGCUGUUUACUAGAAGUGCAAAGCGCAUUAGAAAUCUUGCAGCAAGAGGAGAAUAUUUUAGAUCAACAGUUGCAGGAUGCUAUACUAAAGUUUGUGUCAUCUCGGACCAACUUAGCUGUAGAGACAGCCGCAAGGAGUGCACUUAGUAUUAGAAAACAAGUCCACAGUGACUUAGAGUUUCUAUUAGAAUGCAGUCAACAAGCGCUGUGUGUAGACAAGUUGGUGUACAGUGCGCUGCGAGCAGAGCUCUGCUCGGUAGAGGAGCUCUUACACUUUGCCUCUCAAAUGAGGUUAUAUCUUGUCAAUGAUAGUGAAGCUAUUUCUAGUAGGAUUGAAUCAAUGAACGAGAUCUGUAGUCAACAAUUACUAAAGCAACAACGAUUACAAUCAAACAUUUUACAACAGACUUUAAGUACAUUGUUACAUACAGACAGCAAUGAUUUAGUACAACUAGUUAGAGCACAUAAUGAUCUGAGGCACAAUAUACAAGUUCUGAAUGAGCAAGUGAUUGAAGACUUUAGGAAUAAGGAAAUUGCUAUCACAGUAUAUUCAGCGUCAAAUUUACCAAUCCGCGAGUACCUACACGAUGGCAGUAGCCGGAAGGUGCGCAGGCGCAGCUCAGCCGCCGCUCAGCUGCUGCAUCAUCUCAUGGAACUGAUGGCAGUUGUUGAUGAUAAGGUGUUAUCAGCUAGCGGGAGAUUCGCUACUGUCAAGAAAGAGGAUAAGUACAACUUGCGUAAGUUCUGGCAGUGGUUCUUGAUGGAUCAGGCGAAGCUGCUUUCCACGUUGAGAGCUGCUCAACCACGAGGACACUUGUCCUGACAUAUCUAAUGUAUAUUAUAUAUUAAAUUAUGUA